UAUUUGCAUUACUCUCUCUCUCUUGGGGAGAGAAUGGCUGUGGACGAAGAAUCCUCAAAAUCAACAUUACAAAUUCCAUUUGACAUACAAAAAUAUGCAGAUGAACACAAUCGCAGCAGCGAAGAUACUGAACUCAAUACUACAAAACGCAAAACCAAGCUCAUCGUUCUCAUCCUCUUCAAUCUAAUCAUCAUAUCCAUCUUACUCAUCAUACGUUUCGCCCAUCCCUCAAAACCACAAUUCAUCAUUCAAGACGCCACUGUCUUCAACUUCAACCUCUCGUCUCCGUCUUCGUCGCCGCCUCCGUUGAAUCUUCUCUCCUCUACUCUACAAAUCACGAUCUCCUCCCAAAACCCAAACGAUAAUUCGGGUAUCUAUUACGACGAUUUGGGUAUCUACGCAGAAUACAAGAAUCAACAAAUUACUUACCAAACCGACAUUUCUAGAGGAGUAUAUCAGGGACAUAAGGGGAGUAAUGUUUGGUCUUUGUUUAUCAACGGCACAAAUGUACCAAUUGCUCCUUAUAACGUACCUUUUCUCAAACAAGAUCAGUUAAACGGGAUUAUUAAUCUUACAAUUAAGCUUGACGGUCAUGUUCAUUGGAAGAUUGGGGAAUUAAAUACCCGUAAGUACCAUAUUCAUGUACUCUGUUCUGCUAUGAUGGAUUUUGGCCAGGGUAAAUUCGGUACUAACGAUGUUAACGGCGUAUUUGUCUUUGCCUCCGUUAAGUACCUGCUCUAUAGGCGUUGCAGUGUCACCGUCUAAUCUUCAAUUUCUUUUUCUUUUUAUUGAAUUCAUCUCAUGAGAAUGAGUAUAUGAAUUAUUGUGCUCUAUCGUUGAGUUCCAUUUGAUUUCAAUAAUUACAUUUUAUUAUGUUUAAUUAUAUUUUCAAUU